AUGGGAUUAGCCGGUACAAAAGUGAAACAAAGGUUUGGCUUGGAUCCAAGAAAUACCAACUGGUCAAAUAAUAAUAAUCAAUUUGGUCAUCAAUAUUUGACCAAGAUGGGAUGGACACCCGGUAAAGGGAUAGGUCUUGUUCCCGACUCCAUCACGACGCAUUUGAAAAUCAAUAUCAAAACAGAUAAUGCUGGUUUGGGAGCCAAGCUACAAAAACGAAAUAAAGACGCCAAUGAGUUGGAUGAGUGUAGCGGAGUCGACGCAUUCCAACGAAUAUUGGGUAGAUUAAACGGUAAAGAAGAUGCGGUGAAUAAAGUUAUGGAUAUGAAGAGGGACGAUAUGAUUAUAAAUGGUAAAAUGGGAAUCAGAUUUGUUAAAGGAGAGGUGCUUUCGAGUACUUGGGACAAGGAGAAAAAAGCAUUGAUCUCGUAUGCAAAUGGCAAAAAUGAGGACAAAAAAGACAAAGACGAGGUGAGUCUGCUGAGAAAACGUAAGGUAGAAGACGAGGAAAAGAGGGAAGUGAAAAAGAGCCGAAAGGAUAUUAAGGAAAAGAAGGAAAAGAAGGAAAAGAAGGAAAAGAAGGAAAAGAAGGAAAAGAAGGAAAAGAAGGAAAAGAAGGAAAAGAAGGAAAAGAAGGAGAAGAAGGAGAAGAAGGAAAAGAAGGAGAAGAAGGAAAAGAAGGAAAAGAAGGAAAAGAGUGAUAAGAAAGAGAAGAAAGAGAAAAAAGAUAAAAAAGAGAAAAAAGAGAAGAAGGAAAAGAAAGAGAAGAAGGAAAAGAAAGAAAAGAAAGAAAAGAAGGAAAAGAAAGAAAAGAAAGAAAAGAAGGAAAAGAAAGAAAAGAAAGACAAAUUAGAUAAAGAGAGCUCUAAUGCUGCUAAUGUGGAGUCGACAAAGUCGCUCGUAUCGGACUCUUCACGAGAAUCAACGCCUACACCAAUUGCCUCGCGUCUUUCUGUCCGUUCGAAAUGGAUUAAACAGAAGCGAGCCUCGGUCAUGGACGCAAAAGCUCUCAACGAGAUUUUUAUGAUUUCCAACUAG